CCUUUCCCAAGCAGCUCUGUCCAAAGGAAAACUUCUGCAAGCAAGUAAACACUGGGAGAGUCAGCUAGAAGCUGACAGCGCAGACCCAGGCAAUCUGUCGGUGUAUGACUCCAGAUCACACAAUUCACAUAAGAGCUUUGGAAAGAGGGAGUUGAUUCACACACGCGCACACACAAAACCAGAAUCUUAGCCAUGUCGUAUCCUCAGGGCUACUUGUACCAACCGUCAGCUUCUUUAGCUCUUUACUCGUGUCCAGCGUACAGCACGAGCGUGAUAUCGGGACCCAGGACGGAUGAACUUGGGAGAUCUUCCUCGGGAUCUGCCUUCAGCCCCUACGCCGGAUCUACAGCGUUUACAGCCCCUUCCCCAGGCUAUAACAGCCACCUCCAGUACGGUACAGACCCGACCGCUGCCUUCACUUCCUACGUGGGUUCUCCCUAUGAUCACUCGACGGGAAUGGCUGGAUCUAUAGGAUAUCACCCGUACGCUGCUCCUUUAGGCUCUUAUCCCUAUGGUGACCCGGCUUACCGAAAAAAUGCCACCAGAGAUGCCACUGCCACCCUCAAAGCCUGGCUCAGCGAGCACAGAAAGAACCCUUACCCCACCAAGGGCGAGAAGAUCAUGCUGGCUAUCAUCACCAAAAUGACUUUGACUCAAGUGUCCACCUGGUUUGCGAACGCCAGGAGGAGGUUGAAGAAAGAGAAUAAAAUGACCUGGACCCCGAGAAAUAGGAGCGAAGACGAGGAGGAAGAAGAGAACAUAGAUCUGGAAAAAAACGACGAGGACGAGCCGCAGAAAUCUUUGGAAAAGGGAAACUCGUCGGAACCGGAGUCAGGGAAUCAGAAAACGAACAUAGGAGACAUUGCUUGUGAAAGAUUUGAGGAACAAGAUCCGAGCAAAGAAAGUGGGCAGAUCCUCAGCGAUUCGGAGUUAAAAGACGCGGAGGAAAGAGAAACCGUCCACUCCCCCAAAGCCGCGACUUCUUCCCUGGUUGUGCCUCAUGGUGCUGAGCUCUUGCACGAAAGCAACGAUUCCGAAUUGGAAAAUGCACAUACAAACCUAACUCACACUCUUCCGAGUAACACAGCGAACUGCAAUGUAACUUCAGUCAUCCAUUCCCCCCCGGCAACAAGCUCCAAGCCCAAACUCUGGUCUCUAGCAGAAAUCGCCACUUCGGACAAGUCGAAGGAACAGAGCGAGCAGCAGCAGAGUGCGUGCCCGGGUCAAGGGUGCGCCGUGUCGGCCAGCGCCUCGUCUCCGUCCCGUUCCCCUUGUCCUUACCCGAACAGCGCCGUGCUGGGCCGGCCUCUCUACUACACGUCGCCCUUCUACCCAGGCUACACGAACUAUGGCAGCUUCGGACACCUUCACAACCACCACGGAGGUAGUAGCACAACACACUUCAGUUCAAAUGGAUUAAGUCAGACUGUCUUAAGCAGAGCAGAGGCUCUGGCUAAACUCUGUCCAGAAGCUAAAACAAAGGGCCCGGCACAAAUAGAUCAUUGCAAGGACACAUCGUCUUAUGAUUUGAAGAAAGGUAUGUCCAAUAUUUAAUACUGGUUCUUCGCCGAAUCUCUGGACACUAUUUAUUAUUUUGCCAUGGCAAAGUAUUUUCUGUCAAGAUGGUAUAAAGUAACAAAGAUUUUUAGUUUCUGAUAUGUUCGAAACGGUUGAUGCAAAGUGUUCAAAAUGUAACAUCUGAAAAGAAUGUCUUAACCAACCACGAAUUAAUUUGUAUUAAGACUAAUUCUGUAUAUUUAAUGUAGCGUUUUUGUAUUUAAAAAGGAUAAUACACCCUCUUUGAAGUAAAUUAUGAAACGAGUCUUCUGUACAGAUAUUAUUGUUGUUCUUUCGUAUAAUAUAUACACAUAUAUAAUAUAAAUCUGUGUUUUUUGAAAUGUUUCCUAGUUAAGAUGAUGGCAAUUUAAUUUAAGGCGAAAGCUGUUUUCUCUAAGUGUGGGGGAACAGGUUUGAACAAAACACAAAUUAGACUUUCUAGCGGAAAACAUAAAUUCAAGGGCCGCUUCUGAGCGAAAUGUAAAUAUUUAAUUAAAACACAGUUUCGGCUUACACAUCCAGGCGAUCAUUGCGCUUUGGCUUGUUUUGUUAUCAAAAUGUGAUGAACUUUUAUUUUAAAGAAAAUUAAUACCAGAAAGAGAGGGUGUAGCACUUUCACUGUGCAGUUGGUAGAGUGUAAGAACUGGCUGGAAUAAUAAGGCUAAAACUAAAGUGCCAUCCUUUAACCUAAUUACAUCCAAUCAGUGUCGUGUUUUAUGCAAAGCAAUCAUCUGGUGAACUUUGCUAAUGAGUUCGAUUUUAUGCCAAAUUUAGUCCUCAUUACUAUCGUAAAAAAGCACAGCAGUGCUAUAUAUGAGACAGAGAGAACUGAAUGCAUGCUGACAUCCAUACAAGAUAACCUCGCCUAGACUUUUCUCACCCCACCCCCACAAGUUGUGUUCGUUUACCAUGUAAAUUCGCUUAAUUCUCCGGUGUUGGCCGCAAGCUUUUCUUAGACUUUUUUUUUCCCUGCUCAUAUUUCCCCACCUUCAAUGUUACGAUACUGGAACCCAUUCAGUUAGAAGUGUUGACUUGAACUUUUCCCAGAUUCGCAGGUAGGUGUCACACUUGUUCCGAAUAGAAAAUCAUCGUACUUUCAACUUGAGUGCCAAAAAUGCUUUUUUUUUUAUUUAAAAAAAAUUGAAUCAGAUAGCACUCUUUGCAACAGAAACCCUCCAAUUCACAAACCAGGAGCUAUCAAAUUAACGUGAAACUUUACAAAACGGAAGUAAAUCACCUAUUAUUUGAUGUGAAUAAUUUCACUCCAGUCAAUGCCCUGAGCAUGUCGCCGUACCUCCAAGUGUGAUGCGACGAUAGCCAGAAAUUACAUUUUUUUUGUGAAAUAUUGUCUGUGUAUCAAGUUUGCUGGAAAGAGAUAAAAAAAUAUUUGAAUUGUAUUUUUGUAAGAACUAUACCCAGAGCUUUUACUAAUUUAUGCGGCUGUUUUUUUUUUGCAAAACAAUGGAAUCGGAAAUGUUUGUAAAUAAAAUCUCAGCCUGAUUUUUCCAAA